CCAUCAUUUUUGGUCCGGUCUAAAUUCUAUUGUCUGCUCAACCACCUCAUUCCUCAAACCCACGAUCCGCUGUUCUCUUCCUUUGUCCUUUUUGUUCUCAUAUAUCAUCCACUGAAGGAAAGAUUUCUUUCUCAUCCAUCACCAAACUAAAAGCCCCCGCAAUGGAAUUUUGAACCAGUGAGCAUUACACCAUGAAAGCCCUCUUGAAAUUCAUGAUUGUAAUAUCACUUUUUGCAAUUGCAGAAUCAAAAUGCAACAGCAAAGACAAUAUCCUGCUCUCCAAGGCUUUCGCCUCCGUUUCAGGUUUCAACAUCGCCUGGUUCAAGAACUCUCAACCCAACUGUACAAAUCCUCCAAUUCUUGAAAUUAAGCUCCCAUCAAGAAAUCUCAGAGGUACCAUCUCAUGGAAAUUCCUCAGAAACAUGUCCAAUCUUCAAACUAUAGAUCUCUCCAAAAAUUAUUUGACUGGUGCUGUUUCUUCUGCUCUUUGGUCUAUUCAAACCCUGGUUGAAAUUAACCUGUCAAAGAACCAAUUAGGAGGCUCGGUCGAGCUCCCAAAACCUGAAAUUGUUAAAUCUUCAGCAAUUCGAAAGAUAAAUCUUUCUUUCAAUAGGUUUAAGAAUUUUACUUUUCUCUCUAAUUUUCCUUAUCUCACUUUUCUUGAUAUUUCACACAAUGAUUUCCAGGUUGUUCUACCUCAUUGGUUCAUCAACUUAACCAAACUUGAGAUUCUUAACUUUUCUAACUGUAAUAUUUCAGGAAAUUUAAAGCCCAUUUCAGGUCUUUUGCAUUUGAAGUAUCUUGAUGUUUCAAAUAAUCACCUAACUGGAAAUUUUCCUGCUGAUUUCCCACAAUUAGGUAAUCUCAAGUUCUUGAAUGUCUCGUUCAAUAACUUCUCAGGUGAAAUGAAUUCAAAAACGGUAAAACAAUUUGACAAGUCUUCUUUUAUUCAUGCCGGUAAUUUCAAAAUUCAGAAUUAUACCGCCACCCCGGCGUUGCAUACCAGAUCCCAUCAUUCACCCACCCCACCUCACCAAAUAUAUGACAAAAACAUAAAUUUCAUCAAAAAAAGUAAACCCAAAUCGAAAACCAAGACUGUGGUUUUAGCCGUAUCGCUUGCAUCAACAUUUCUUGUCUUGGCCAUUGGGGUUCCCACAUAUUGCGUGUACAAGAAGAGAAAGAUGGCUAGAGAAAACAAAUGGGCAAUUUCAAAGCCAAUUCAAGUACCAUUUAGAUUCGAAAAAUCCUUCGAAACAGAAUCUGGGUCCUCAUGGGUGGCUGAUAUUAAAGAACCCUCUUCAGCACCGGUGGUGAUGUUUGAGAAGCCACUGAUGAACCUUACAUUUAAGGACUUAAUUGCAGCCACAUCACACUUUGGGAAAGAGUCCCUUCUAGCAGAGGGUAGGUGUGGGCCUGUUUACAGAGCCGUACUACCAGGUGACCUCCACGUGGCAAUCAAGGUCCUGGAAAAUGUUAGAGACCUUAGCCAUGAUGAAGCUGUAGCCAUUUUUGAAGACUUAUCAAGGUUGAAACACCCCAACCUGCUGCCUAUUUCUGGUUAUUGCAUUGCAGGUAAAGAAAAGUUGGUACUUUAUGAAUAUAUGGCCAACGGCGAUCUCCACCGUUGGUUGCAUGAGCUUCCAACGGGAGUAUCCUUAAUACCAGAAUACAGUAUAAGAGACUUAUCUCUUCACAAAGAACCAACAGAUCUGACUCGAAUCACACAAGAAACUGCAGAUUUAACUUCACGAACCCAUAAUAAUAGUUCUCACUACUAG